UCUUCCAAGUUUCACCGAUCAUGCCCCCAAAUCAGUCAAAGGCGGAAUUAAAAAUCAUUUUAACAGCGACAAUAUCAACAAAAGGAAAAGGCCACAGGUGAAAGGGGAGUAUCACAGAUGGCUUUGAACCGUUGUGGCAGUUUGCUUUCCCGCUUAAGGAAUCAACAUUCUCAGAAACACCCACUUCUGGCUUUUUAUACCAUCUCCUCCACCACCCCACCGGACACAGAGGCACCGAGUCGACCCGCGCCACCUCCGAUCCAUGUUGCGUUCACUGAGUCAGCCGGUCGAGGCGUGUUUGCCACUCGGAGAAUCAGUGCCGGAGAUCUCAUCCACACUGCGAAACCCAUUAUGGCUCACCCCUCGCUCUCUACCAUUAACAAUGUCUGUUACUUUUGCCUUAGAAAGCUGCCGUCUUUGAAAGACUCCGAGGCUCAAAGCAUUGUGUUUUGCAGUGAAGAAUGCAAAGAAAAGUCGAAGGUCUUUUAUGAUGUUGAGACGCAGGCAGAUUGGUUGGCUUUUGAUGACUAUUGCAGGACUCAAGGCCUGAAAUAUCCCCUUCUUGUAAAGCGAUUAGCUUGUAUGGUUAUGUCAGGAGCUGUAUCUGCUGACAUUCUUGACAUACUUCAACCAACUAGUUUAACACCAGAGAUGAUUAUAGAGAUGGAAGAAGGUUUUAAUUUGCUGAAGAAAGCUUUCACAAAGGCAAAUUUCAUGGAUGAAAAUGUGGAAUUCUUAACCAAGCAAUGGUACACUGCUGUGCUUGCUCGAAUUCGUAUCAAUGCAUUCCGCAUUGAGUUAGCUGGAGGACUGUAUGAAGAUCUUCUUUCAUCAGCUGCAGCCUCUGUAGAAGCUGAAGCUGCAGUUGGAAAUGCUGUAUACGUGCUUCCUUCCUUUUAUAAUCAUGAUUGUGAUCCUAACACACACAUUAUGUGGAUAGAGAAUGCUGAUGCAAGAUUGAAGGCACUCCGUGACAUUGAGGAAGGUGAAGAGCUUCGUAUAUGCUAUAUUGAUACGAGUAUGAGUUAUGAUGCUAGGCAGAGGAUUCUCUCGCAAGGUUUUGGUUUCCAGUGCAAUUGCUUCAGGUGUUUGUCUGGUGAUUAAUAGCAUAUUGACUUUUAACCCUGGUUUUAUAACAAAAUCAUUUCUCCCCAUUUAAAACAAUGCUGGAUAUGCAUUUGAAGCGCUUACUCUCUUUGUACUAUUUUGUGUUCGACUAGAAUUAGAAAGGUACAGACUCCUUAUUCCAGAAAAGUUCUUGAAACCAACUUCUUUCGUAAGGAAAUGCAAAUAUAUCCCAAACAUCCUG